UAUAACUUAAUAUGCAUGAUCGAGGUUGUAAUAUCACAAAAUGGAGACUGUCGUGUUGGCCAAAAUUGUCGCUUUGGCGACACUUUUUGGACUUGUUUCAUGUUCCGGGAAUCAUUUCAAGGAUGGUGACAGGGUUCCUCUGUAUGUGAACAAGGUUGGACCGUACUUCAACCCUCAUGAAACAUAUCACUACUACCAGCUGCCAGUAUGCAGACCAGAAAAGGUUGAAACCAAAAGUCUUACACUUGGAGAGAUUUUAGAUGGUGAUCGCAUGGCAGAAUCUAUGUACCAGAUAAAAUUCAAAGAGAACACAAAUAGCGAGGUGCUAUGUGAUAUGAAGCUCUCGGAGGCAGAUCUGAAGCAGCUUAGAGAGGCCAUUGAAGAAUUGUAUUAUUUUGAGUUUGUUGUAGAUGAAAUACCCAUCCGAGGCUUUGUGGGUCACUUCCAAGAGAGUGGUUUCAUACCCCAUACUCACAAGAUAUACCUGUGGGUUCACCAUCAUUUUCACAUAGAAUACAAUGCAGAUCAGAUCAUAUUUGUGAAUGUGACAACGAGAGACAAGCAGCCCCAGAGUCUUGAUGAUGUCUCCCCACCUCUCCAGAUUAAAUUCACCUAUGCUGUCACAUGGCAUGAAUCCAAAAUGAAGUACAGUGAUAGAGGUCUCAAGCAGGUCAAGAACAACAGCUUCUUCCCAAGAACUCUGGAGGUACAUUGGUUAUCUAUCAUUAAUUCCAUGGUGCUAGUAUUCCUUCUUCUUGGUUUUGUGGUCAUUAUUUUGAUGCGUGUACUGAAAAACGACUUUGCCAGAUACAAUCUUGAUGAUGAUGAAGCCGAUGAGUUAGACCAGGAAGAAAAUGGCUGGAAGAUUGUGCACACAGAUGUUUUUAGAUUCCCUCCAUACAAGAGCCUGCUGUGCUCAAUAUUAGGUGUUGGAAUGCAGUUCCUAACCCUUGCUACUUGUCUUAUAUUAAUGGCUCUGUGUGGCAUGUUCAAUGUACAUCGCCAUGGGUCAAUGAACACAGCCUUCAUUCUGUUGUAUGCUCUUACCUCAUGUGUAUCGGGCUAUACAUCAAGUAAUAUGUACAAACAAAUAGGAGGAGAGAACUGGGUUUGGAAUCUAAUUCUAACAGCUAGUAUGUUCUCAGUUCCAUCAUUCAUUAUCUGGAGUAUAGUGAACUCUGUAGCAUUGUACUGGGAUUCAACGAUGGCCCUACCAUUCACCACAGUUCUCUUACUACUUAUGAUAUGGAUAUGUGUUGGAUUCCCUUUGACCGUUAUGGGAGGCAUUAUGGGUAAGAACAUGGCCGAUGGGUUCGAUGCUCCUUGCAGAACGAAAAACAUCGCAAGAGAAAUUCCUUCCGUGCCCUGGUAUCGCUCCUGGAUCAUGCAUUGCAUUGUGGGUGGAUUCCUGCCUUUCAGUGCCAUAUCGGUAGAGCUUUACUACAUCUUUGCAACUCUGUGGGGUCGGGAGCAGUACACCCUAUAUGGCAUUCUUUUUGUAGUGUAUGCUAUCCUCCUGAGUGUGACGGCGUGCAUCUCUGUCGCCCUCACCUACUUCCAGCUGUCCAACGAAGACUAUAGAUGGUGGUGGAGGUCCAUCUUCAGCGCAGGGUCUACUGGUGGUUUUGUCUUCUUCUAUGCUAUCUUCUACUACAACAAGCGCUCCAGCAUGUCCGGAGGGCUGCAGACCAUCGAGUUCUUCGGCUACACGCUUCUCUUCUGUUACAUCUUCUUCCUGAUGCUCGGCACCGUGUCGUUCUUCGCCUCGCUGCGCUUCAUCCGUUACAUAUACAUCAACCUCAAGAUGGACUGAGAUGGCGCUGUUUGCCAGUAUCAAGAGGAGGCGACGAGAGAGACGCGACGCUUCAAGAGAGCUGUCAGAUUCAUGGAGCAUUGAAGGCAUUUUUUCCCCACAGGCCUUCAUGUUGGGAGAGAUCCAUCUUAAACUAUGUGAAUUGACCUUGGAGCUUGCAUGUGUGUCCUAACCCUCUCUCUCUCCCUCCCUCUCAUUUGUAAUAUGUUCAAGUGUAAUCAAAAUCUGUUUCGAUGAUGCUUUGAGCCUGUUCUCUUCACUGGGGUUCAGUAACACAAAGGUUAGUGAUUAAUCUUGUGCUUGAUUAUGCAUGAUUGAUUAUGCGUGGUAGUCAAUGUAAUCAGUUGUUAAAAAAAAUGUUUUACAAUGGUUGCUAAGCUUUGUGUUACAGGCCCCAGAUGUGAUUGUUGCUGAAGUGGGUGAAGCGUAUGUGCUUGUUCCGUGGAUUUGGGGACGGUUUAGAGUUUCAUAACAGGUUUGGUUGUUUUGUUGUAAAGUUGUAAUGGGCGUCAUUAUUUAUUGGACAUUGUGACUAUAACUGAUUUAGAGUUAUAUUCAUUAGAAAGAUAGAGUCAGUCUCUUUCCAUUUUUCUCUCUCCCGUUCUUGCUCCCUCCCCCUUUCAUAAAGCAAGUGAUGAUAAAAGUGCUGCAUAAAUCCGAUGAGGCUGCUGAGCACUGCCUUCAAGUUCUCACGGUUAACAAAAUAAAGAAAGAAACAUUGCAUUCUGUAAUAAGUGAAGAUAAUAAUAACUAUAUUGCACUUUUGAUAUAGCAUGCAAAAUAUGUACAUCACAACAACUGUUGCAUCUCUUAGUGGUUUACAUGUUUGUAUGCUGGUCAUCAGAUCCUCGCUUGUAUAGAAUGUAUUGCCUUUCUCCACUCCCUGGGGAGUAUUCCAACAAUUGCGAUGCAUGCUACUUAUGCUUUCACAUUCACAUCGGGCACCCAUUUAACACCUGGGUGGAGAGUGGCAAAGUGUGGUAUGAUGCCUUGCCAAAGGAUGCUAGGCUACGGUGGGAAAGGUGAGCAUUGUUACUGCUACACCAAGAUGUUUCCAUGUCGAGGGCACCAUGUCGUUCUUCAUGCUAUCCCGUGUUCGUAUUCUAUUUUUCUGGUAUUGAAAAUAAAACCUAACACCAAGGUGUUAAACAGGUUCCCAACAGGGUGUGCGGGCAAGCCAGCAUUUGAUGACAGCUAAGAAUCUAAAGCACCAAGAAACUUUGCUGCUGUGGUUGCACUACAUAAAAGUGAAAUAAUGUUAAAUGCUUUAUGAGCAGUCUGACUACAGUUUUGUUCAGU